CUGUGGCGACAUCUGUAGCCACCAGAAGCGUCAAAAUGGCAGCUCGUGUUAUUGGAGUGUUCCACCGGCGGUAAACUUGUUAUAUCGCAAUUACGUGAUACUUGAAUUUUGCACGUUAAUUAAAUAAUUAACGUCCUGAUUGUAUUGUUAACGCAAAGUAAUACCCAGUUCCCUCAAGACUACGACAUUUUACGAUGGCUGAUGAGGCGGAACAGGUUCCGGCGAUAAACGUGAAGGAGCCGCUGGAUCUCAUAAGACUGAGCCUGGACGAACGAAUUUACGUGAAGAUGCGAAACGAGAGAGAGCUCCGAGGACGUCUACAUGCUUAUGAUCAGCAUUUAAAUAUGGUGCUGGGCGAAGCAGAGGAAACUGUCACUACAGUAGAGAUCGACGAAGAGACAUACGAGGAGGUGUAUCGCACCACGAAGAGGAACAUCUCUAUGUUGUUUGUGCGUGGCGAUGGCGUUAUUCUGGUGUCACCACCUAGCAUGAGAGCACCGAUAUAAAAUUAUUACUAACGUCUGUUGUGAUUUUUCCAAGUUACAAACACAUAAGUGUAAUGCAAACUGAAACUCGAACGUUGUUAACGUUAAUGAGAAACUUUCGAUACUUGAUUACAGACUGUGAAAACGACGUAAUAUAUACAUAUAUACAUAAAAAAAAGAUAUAUAAGAUUCUGAGAAGAUGGUUUGAUUGUGAAUGAUAAUAAAAAGUGUAUUCUUAUAAUGUA